CUUCUCUCCUCCAGAAAUAAAAGUGACCCCGUCCAGGGUAAUAGAAGGAGAUGAGAUGACAGUGAGAUGUGACACCAGACUGGAUCCACUCAGAGGCGGCAUAGAGCUGCACUUUGCCUUCUACAGAGAUGGACGGACUGUGCAGGAAUUCAGUGUAUCCGAUAAUCACAGAGUGGAGGAUUCUGGGAAUUAUACUUGUGAAGUGAGGACGGCAUCUGACACUGUGAGGAAGAUGAGUGAUGAGAUCUAUAUCCACAUAACGCAGAAACAUGAUUACACGAUGCAGAAUAUAAUACGACUGGUGAUCUCUGGAUUUGUAUUAUCUGCUGCUGUAUGUUUCACCUACUUCCAUAACAAGUGGUAGAGAAGAAGAGGAA